UUUUCUCAAAAUAUCACAUAUGCCCUCAUAUGCUUUGGUUCUUGGCCAACUGUUAAUUUUUGGACUAUUUCUCGUCCUUGGACAUUACCAACCGAUAUCCCAGCCGACAGAAGGGGUUUAUUUACAAAUUAGCCGCGCAUAACAGGAAUACUGAUGGUCACUGACGGCGAAUGCGAUUCAGGUUCAUCACUUUGGAAAUCCCAUUGAGAAAUGCCCGAGCUUUCAGAUUGCUAGUAAAGAAUGUUUAAAAUUAACUUUAGCCGGCUAGGAUAAAUUGAAAAGAUGCACUAAAAAAUCCCGAUAGGUAAAUUACAGCUUAUCUUCAGUAAACAAGAUUAGUUUUUGAGCCAAAACUAUUAUAUAAUCAUCUUAUUUUAAUGAAAUAAACUUGUUUUUAUUUAAGUCGGUUAAAAAAAACUCCGAUUGACAAAACAGGAAAACUGAUUUUUCGUCUUACGGCGGCCCACACGCCGAGCAUAUCUUUGCUAUAUGCAUUAUUUAGUCAUCCCUACCGUGCGUCACUAGAUCUUUAGAGGGGAGGGUUAGUUGAAAAAUUUGAACUUUUUUGAAGGGUCAAACCUUUUUAUUUUGACAAAAGCUGUUUUCUUUUUUAAAUUUGAACUGCGAAACCCAGCCCUCCCCCAAUAUGAUCUAUCUAGUUCUUAUUUGUUUGUAUAAACAUUAAGCUACUAUUAGAAUAUUAUACAUAUCGAUAUGAAAAGAUACUUAAUAAGUGUCCUGCAAGUGGUCAUGUUUCCUACUUUGGGCUUACUCAACAAAACAAAACUGCGGACAAAACUUAAAUGUUGUUUGCUGCCUUCAGUUGUUAUUCUUUUUCAACUUAACUAGAUAACUCUGAAAUUAAGAACUAUCAUGUGCGAAAAUUGUUUUUCAGAACCAAACGAAAAAAUAUUUUGCUGUGUUACCAAAAGUGAUAGUGUAAUCAUUUGGCAAGAAAUAAUUUGCGUGAGCAAAAUAACGAUGACACUUAGCCAAUAUUCUCACUAUCAUUGAUGUCACUACUCAGGGAGUUUUAUAGAUAAGUGUGCACUUCAUAUUUUUCUACGAUAUUGUUCAUUCCUAAACAAGGAAUACUAGUAGGUAAAACAAUAAUUAGUCUGAUGAAUCCUUUAAUUUUCUUUUUUAUCUGUGACAUUUAAUAAUAAUCUUAUUUUUCACUCAUUUCUUAUGCUAAAGGUUUUUUAAGGCUGUCUAUGGUUUAUUUUCUCAUAGUGUCAAAGCAUAAACGAAAAAGAAGUUCUUUGAUCGAUAUACGUGAUAGUAAACUGAAAGAAAAGCCUUUAAAAAGCUAAAACCAGCCAAAGACUUAGAUCGGUUAGUCAUAUUCCAAUAAUUUAAAUUAUUUUAUUCAUACCUUACCGAGAUUAGAGUCUUACUACAAUAACCGUGAAAACCCAAUUUUCAUAGUAAAAAGCGCUAUCGCGUCUAGAGCCGGCUUAUAAGAUUGCUAAGUUGAUUUAAAAUAAGUGCGAAAAUCCGACUUAUUUGGACAAUUUAAUUAUAUCAAAAUCAAUCGCUUUCCCACUUUCUUGCUAAUUCGUAUUGUACUUUACGAAAAAGUUGACUGACAAGGUAAACAACAGUGAUCGAAGCAAAGAAACACAAACGCAGCUUCUUUAAUUAAACUUUUCUUGAAAUGAUAAGAGAAUACGACUUAAAAGGAAGAGACUAAAUUGAAUUGAUCGUGCAUAGCAUAUGAAUAUAUCCCGAUUUAUUGUCAUGACGACUUGAUAUCGAAUAGAUUCAUAGUCCAGCCUACAUACACACUAUAUUCUUUUGGUAAAAUGUAAGUGAUUGACAGAUCAGUGGUUAUAUUGGGAUGUCAACUUCACCAUUCAAAUCAACAAAUAUAAAAUAUAAGCAUUGGUAAAUAUACACACWGUUGAAUACCCGUAAUGAAUUAAAUAUAUGCUAUCAUUCUAAAGCGAAACAUUAGUAGUCGCUGGAUAUGGAAAAACUGCGAUAUUAGCUGCUGUUUAGAAAUAUUACCAAAGUACCGUCAUUACCGAUGUUUUAGAUGGUAAAACCAACAAUCUGACAUCAUUUGACGUAUUUUGGACAUGCAGCAUUAUCGAACACCUGCUGACUAAGGAGUACUAAGAAUUGCUAUCCAAUCCUAUCAGACCUUUCAAGAAUGGAUAAGCCAAUUCUCUAUAGCUUGCCAACUAUAUAACAAAUCGAAUUCAGUCAAACUUAAAGCAGCAAGGGCUAAAUUAGUCAAGUCCAUCGCUUCGUGUCAACCUUACGACUCAGAUACCUGAUGACAACGCCUAACUGCAACGGCACAGGAAACCACUACCAAAUCACUGUACUUGAAACACCAUCUAGAGAAGGAACUUGGUUUUCAAACCAGCAAAGAUGAACUCAACAGACGAAACCUUCGUAGAACAACAAAAAAUUCAAAGCUAUAAACGUGUGCUGGCCAUAACAAGUGCAUGCUGUCUAUCAAUCCUUUCUAUCGUAACUACGACAAGCAACAUUCUCCUUUUGAUAGCCAUUUGGAAAGAUCCCUUAAAAUGCUUCAAAUCCGUUGCUAAAUGUUUUAUCGUAGGGCUGAGCAUGGCUGAUUUGAUAACUGGCGUAACAACAGAGCCUUUCUUUACCAGUUACUAUUUCAUUCGAUUUGUCCAAGACGUCGACAUAAAGGGAAUACCGCUCGUGCUGUACGAAAUUGGAGGAAUCAUAUCUGGAGUCGCCUUGAAAUACUCGUUUUUGGUUGUACUAGCAUUGUCCUGGUCGCAGUUUACAGCUAUAUCUUGGCCUCACAAGUACAGACGAUUUGUAACAAAUCGUAACAUUGUGAUUUUCAUGAUUUUAGCCUUCCUUUAUCUAGUUUUCUUUACCGCCGUUCAGUUUAUAGGCAUUCUUGAUCCUUACACGUUUCACAAAAUCGACCUUGUAUGCAACUCGUCGUUCCUCUCCAUUAAUCUUCUCAUUGUGUCGCUUCUGCUUUACCGAGCGUACAGGCGCCGUGCCCACUUACACAAGGAAUUCUCUGCAAAACCUCUGACCUCUGAAAAUGAAACGCGAUCGAAAAGACGGAAACAAGUAGAAAGGACCCUAGAUCAACAGUUUACCAUUGUCAGCAUUUACCUUGGUGCUAUUUUACUUCUUUGUGCACUCCCACAUGUCCUGGCAGUUUACGUUUAUCUUUAUUUCGCAAAAGAUCUAACAAUACAGUCACAGCUUAACCUCCUGGUGGUGCUCAGGAUCUCAGAUGUUUUACUGUUUGUAAAAGUGUGCGCAGAUCCUUUCAUUUAUGCUUGGCGUCUUCCAAAAUAUAGAAAAACCCUUCUAACUCUGUUUCGAAUACAUGAACAAAAGAAAAACGAGGAAGAAACGCUUGUGGGAAUACCUUUAACCGAGAGAAUGUCAUAGAAUCCCUGCCAAACAAAUGGUAUUGAAAAUAACUUGAAAUAGUUUUCAAAAGUGAACAAUCAAUCAAUUCAUCACGCUUCUUGUCAGUCAAGCGUGCCAAGUUUUGCUUUGUCAACAAUGUUUUGUUAUAAGCAAAUAAUUUAAUGUUCUGAGUAAGAAAGAUUUUGAAGAUAAUAGAGACAGAAAUAAGAUGGAUAUAAGAUGAAUGUGUGUUAAUUAGCACAUUGAUAUUGAGCACAUAACUAAUGUUAAUCUCUAUAGUAGUACAGUCAUCAUCUUUUACCACUCGUUGAUCCUCACUUCACCCGGAUUUCCCCAGUGAUACUGACUACACCGGUUCGUAAGCAGUCACUAACUGAAGACAAGCAUAUAAGUCAUUAGAAAGGUUUAUUCUAUAAUAUUAUUUGAGUUGAAACCAUGGUGCACAUUUUUGGAAUGCGAGAAAAAUUAAUUAUGGUAGCCGACCACGACGCCGAAAAUCUCUAGUGGAAGUUUUCUAAUACAAACGUGUGCCAUUAGCAAUCUAAUUAUAUUCUUGUUAUAUUCAUAUAAUAUAAUUUGACAUUUUCUGGAUAAGCAAAGUGUUGGAUUCUACUUGUAACUGUAUCGUUAGACGUCAUCGACUGGGCGGUAUCAAAUUAAAUCAUUUUAACGAAAAAAUAUCUAAAAGAGAAAAAGGAAUACCGAGUUGUCUAGUCAAGUUCAAAAUUCACCCACUCAAUAGCUUUUCUCUGAAUCAUUAGGCUCUUUAAGAGGAAGCUUCAUAACCGAAGCCACUAAACAAAACAAAGUGCUUAUUUUUCCUGUUGCUGUUAACCUCUAGUUUUAUCUAUAUACUCGUCAUUAAGUAAACUGAAAUUUCAUAACAAAACACAUCCUUGACACUGAAAUUGCAGCUUAUCUUUUAUUUUGUCAGUUCUUCUAGUGUUUUUCAGUAAAAGAGUCCAGCUUUCAGUCUUCUGUUUCAUAGUGCCAGUAUUCAUUUUUUUUCCAUCUCAGUUUCAUAUUAUUUCAUUUGAAAUUAGUGUUUUACUGAUAAGUUAGUAUUUUUUCUUAGUAGAAUUAACGGACAAUCGACUUCUGCUGAUCCUAGUUUUGGUACCUGAAAACAUUGACUCUCUGCCAUCCGGAAAAGAAUAGAAAUAAAGGAGUAAUUAAUCCUAAAUAUUGAGCCUUCAAUCUAAAAUAACUUUACUUAAUUAGGACUUUACAAUAGAAAAUCUUUUAAAAACAAAUGAUGGCAGAAAAUUAAAUAAAAAGAUCAUAGAAGAUAAAGCGAUUGACGUCACGCACAGACUAACUAAUAGGAUGUAGGAUCGGUAUCUGUGUAGAAUAAAUAAUAAACAUCUAAUGAAUGACCUUUGAACGUGAGAACCGAAAAAAUAAAUUCUAGUGCUUUCUUUUCAAAGUUUCGUGUCAACCUUCAAAGAUUUAAUUAAAUCGGUAUCGCCGAAUACAAAAUAUGCCACGUAGCUUGCGUACUGAUGUACAUAAUGAAAUCUUCUUCUCUUUUUAUCCAUCCAUCUAGUAAGUUUUGAUUUGUUAAUUUAUUUAUAAGUUGUUGAAAAUGAGUGAAGCAUCGACGAAUAAAAUACUGAUAAAAUGCUUYGUCUGCUUGUGAUUUUCCUACAUUGAUUUUUUUAUUCUUUUCUCGAUCACCACUUUAGUCCAUGAAUCGCCCAAGAGAAACAUUAUAUUUAGCUUAAAUUAGAAUUGAUCAUCAUCUUAGAAGUGUGCAUGGUUAGGGUUAGCCGAUACUUUCUGGAUCUGAGCAGGAUUUUCCUUAAUACACCCCGCGAACGAUUCUCCCUGCCCAUACCUCUUUUUACGUCUUUUUUCCCCCCCUAAAUACACCAAUUCUGUCCUUUCCUUCGUGCAGAAUGGCUACCUUACCAGCUUGCGUCAAUAUACCAUGACAAGGUUUGGAUGACGAUAACAAGAAUAUGAUGAUGUAGUUUUUAUCAAAAGCAGGGGCGGAUCUAGGUAGGGUUUAUAUUGCUCCAUUCUAUACCCGUUGAUUUCUUCAAUAUGUUUACUUCCCACGCGCAAAACAAAUUUCAUUAAAAUGCUGUGUAAUAAGAAAAGGAUUGAUGUCCACAAUUUCUAGAGAAUAAGGCUCGGAGUAUGGAGUUCCAGAUUAUUCUUAACCAGCUACAGCAGUGGCGCUUACUUUGGUUCUUCUCAAAUAUAUUUUGUAACCCCAGUCUUAUUUAAAGAGCACGUUUUUCAUACAAAUUGGUUUUCUUCUAACUUUUUGUACAAACCUGACACGAAUUUUAUUCCUUUUCUUCCAACUCGUAUAUUUGAUAAAACCAUAAAUUUUCGAUAAUUUUAGUGUGUUGUUACUUAUAAAGCUCGAAAUACAUUUUUGUACUUUUUCAUUGGUAUUGUGCUUGGUCAGUUCACGAUCACAUCACACACGGCAUUCAGACACAUAUUAUAUACAUCCUUUGCAUAACCACAUUACUUUGAUGAACAGUUUUAUAUAAAAAUAUAUUAUUUAUCAAUCAUCAAAAACAUUUACGAUUCCUUCUACUGUCGUGAAAUUCAAUACACAACACAUACCCACGUUCACUAUGAGGCAUGGUCUAAAACAUGGACUGGACUUGACCGGAGAAAACAUGGACCGGACGUAGAAAACAUGGACCGUGGUAGAAAAUAUGGACUCGAGGUCAGACGCAUCUGGAUACCUUAUCUGUCACAUUGACGAUCCUCAUAAUGUAGCAAUUUUUAGAUACAAUUUCGAAAUUUCAUAUGAAUACAGUAAAACCCCGCAUAUAAGAACCUAAAGUUUAAGAACCUGUCAGGCUGAAAUUUUCAUUUUAAGCACCCUUCACAUAAGAACCAUUUCAGGCUGAAAUGACAAAGUAGGUUCUUAAUUUCCAAAUAUAAAGUCAAUCUGUUUUAUUUUCUUGUAAAUAAUAAAAUACAGUACUCUGUAUGUAAGAGUGCUUACACUGUGUCCAUGAAAUAAAAUCUAAACUAUAUUCAAUGUAGCUAGCAUGAAAAUGUGUGAAUUAUUUAAUGUAUAAAAUGCCACGCCCACCAAUACAAUUACUCUUUUUCUUACCAAAAAUUAGAAACCCAUUUAAGAACCUAGAUAGCCUGAUUUCAAGUUAAGCGCCAUUAAUAUAAGAACCUGUUCAGGCUGACUUGGAAAAAUCUAGGUUCUUAUACGCGGGGUUUUACUGUACGCAAACUAUUCCUGUCGGUUUUUAUUCUAGUAAAGUGAUCGUUGACAUUUUCUAUCUUUAAAAUAACUGUAACGUGGCGCAUACUCUGUUUUAACGAUAUUGUUGCUCAACUAGAUCAGCUUCGUUUGGCCGGUUUAGACAUCCAAACUCAGCUCAAACAAUAGGUCUUGACAUUUGCAAUAAUUUCGACACAUGAGAUUCGAUAUGUCUAAACCGUUUGAAUAACAYAUUCCCGCCAAACAGGGUAUGGUUUUCAGCCAUUCUACGCUGGAAAAGGGUAUAUAAAAUUGCGCUCGCUCUUGGACUGACAGGGUAUAUGAAA